AUGUCCGACAAACUGACACGGAUCGCUAUCGUUAGCACUGACAAGUGCAAGCCCAAAAAAUGUCGCCAAGAGUGCAAGAAGUCAUGUCCCGUGGUGCGUAUGGGUAAACUCUGCAUUGAGGUGUCGCCCAAGAGCAGAGUGGCUUUCAUUUCGGAGCAGCUCUGCAUCGGUUGCGGUAUCUGUGUAAAAAAGUGUCCAUUCGAGGCAAUCAAUAUCAUUAACCUGCCCAAGGACCUCGAUAGCAACACUACGCACCGCUACGGCGCAAAUACUUUUAAGCUCCAUCGUCUACCCAUGCCCCGUCCAGGUCAGGUGCUUGGUCUUGUUGGCACGAACGGUAUUGGCAAGUCCACGGCGCUGCGCAUACUUGCCGGCAAGCUUAAGCCUAAUCUUGGAAAGUUUGACGCCCCUCCUGAAUGGCAAGAAAUUCUGACCCACUUCCGUGGGUCAGAGCUGCAAAACUAUUUUACGCGCAUUCUUGAGGACAAUCUCAAGGCAAUUACCAAGCCACAGUAUGUGGACAAGAUUCCAAAAGCUGUCAAGGGUACCGUUCUUGAGAUUCUCUCUGCUCGUUGUGAAAAGCAGGAAAAGCUUGAUCACUUUUUGAACGAGCUGGAUCUAUCGCAUGUACAAGACCGAGAGAUUGAAAAUUUAUCCGGUGGGGAACUGCAGCGUUUUGCAAUCGCCGUGGUAGCAGUGCAGAAGGCGGACAUUUACAUGUUCGACGAGCCGUCCUCGUACCUGGAUGUACGUCAGCGUCUUAAAGCAGCUCUGGUGAUCCGCUCCAUGGUGGAUGACAAUAGCCGCUCCUACGUCAUCUGUGUCGAGCAUGAUUUGAGUGUUCUAGACUACCUAUCUGACUUUAUCUGUGUGCUGUAUGGUACGCCUUCAGCAUACGGGGUUGUCACGAUGCCCUUUAGCGUGCGUGAAGGCAUCAACAUUUUUCUUUCUGGUUUUGUUCCAACGGAAAAUUUACGUUUUAGAGCGGAAGAGCUCACGUUCAAAGUCUCGCAGAAUGCUGACGAAUUUAGCACGGGCGAAGGUGAUGCUAACUCUUUCAACUACCCGGCCAUGACUAAAACAAUGUACAAAAAAAAGAAAGACACUGCUUUCAAGCUGCACGUUGAAGCUGGCGAUUUCACAAACUCGGAAAUUAUUUGCAUGCUCGGUGAGAAUGGGACCGGUAAGACUACUUUUAUUCGAAUGCUUGCUGGUCUGCUCAAAUCCGAUGAAAUGGAAGCUGCCGAGGAGACUGGUGAUAGUGAUGCCAUUUCAAAUUGCGCUUUACGAUACGAUACAUCCACGAUUAGUUACAAGCCGCAAAAAAUUGCGCCCAAAUUUCAAGGCACGGUGCGUGAGCUGCUGCACCGUCGCAUACGUGAAGCUAUUGUUCAUCCACAAUUUGCGACGGAUGUUACUAAGCCGCUUGCACUCGACAACAUUAUUGACCAGGCUGUGCCUCAUCUGUCUGGUGGCGAGCUGCAGCGUGUCGCUAUCAUCUUGUGUCUUGGUAAGCCUGCUGAUAUCUACCUGAUCGAUGAGCCAUCUGCCUACCUGGAUUCCGAGCAGCGUAUUCUUACCGCUAAGGUCAUCAAGCGCUUUAUUUUGCACGCCAAAAAAACGGCUUUUGUCGUAGAACACGAUUUCAUUAUGGCCACAUACCUAGCCGACCGCGUUGUUGUGUAUGAUGGACUUCCGGGCAUCGAGUGUACAGCACACUCCCCUCAGAGCUUGUUGACGGGUAUGAACACAUUCUUAAAGCAGCUUGAGAUUACAUUCCGACGAGACCCAACGAAUUAUCGCCCGCGCAUAAACAAGUUUGACUCUGUGAAGGAUGUUGAGCAAAAAAGCUCGGGCAACUUUUUCUUUAUGGACGAUUAA